AUGACGCGUCGCGUUUCGCCGCGCACAACUGCACCAGAAAUGACUUCGUACCACUUUCCUGCACGUUCAUCGUAAUGAAAAACACAUUUAUGACUUCCAGAUGACGAAGCGGACGUCUACGAAUAAUGUGUUAGAAAGGCGACGAUUGUUAAUGUGUUUUAUCUGGACGAUCAUGGCUGCGUCGAGAAACUUUAAACAGAGCGAAACCUGGAAGCGUCACAUUGUCAGACAGCUGAAACAUCGAAACAUGACACAAAUGAGUGUUUUUCACGAUAUUAUAAACUCAUAUCACAGUCUGCUGGAGAAGUCCAAACAAAGAGCUUUUAUAACCAAAGGAAUUCUGGGAACAGGGACAAGUCCAUGCAGGCGCUCCUCUGAGGAUUCUUUGGAGUCUCUAAAAACCACCACCGGUGAGCUUGCAUACCAAGUGGUGGAACUGCAGCAGAGAAUUCAGAUAAAGGAAGCGACACUUGAUGAACAACAUACCACGCUGAAUGAGGUUCAGAUUCAUCUCAGUGAUGUGACAUCCAAACACAGCACUCUUCAGGAUCGUGUGGCAGAGGUGCAGGAAGCGAACCGUCUCCUGAAACAGAGCUAUGACACGCUGCUGGAGAAGCACCGGCUCAUGGACAGUACCUAUAGGAAUGAAAAGAGCCGCAGUUUGGAUAUCCUGGAGCACAUGAUUCGACCCAAACAGCAGGCUGCUGUGCGCAUGAACCAUCGUAAUGAGAAGAGAGUGAGGGCCAAAGAAGCCAGUCUACACAAAGAGCUUCAGAUGGCUGCCUGUAAGAAAGUCAAUGUUGAUGAAGAGUCAGGAAAUAUGUCACCCUCAUUACCAUCACCAGAAUGUGAGACUUCAGAGAGGUUGCAAGGAUCCCAUAGACCACUUUUAAGGUCUGCUUCAGCUACAUCCCCCCGUUUCAUCAACUCUCUCAAAGGUCUUUUUGAGAGAAAGAUCAGAGGAAGAUCAGUGUGCAGUUCAGAUGAAGAUCAUUUUAUACCAAAAGGUGUCUGUCUGGCUGCCAGAGUCCCGACUAAGGCAAUCUAUACACUGGACGCUCACGAGCUGGGAAUCAACGCUGUGAGGUUCAGCACCAGAUCAAACCUGCUGGCUACAGGCGGCACUGACAGAGUUAUCAAACUAUGGGACAUUGAAGCAGGAACUCUUCAGAACAGAGGAACAUUAGAUGGAAGUAAUGAAGGCAUCACCAGCAUUGAAUUCGACCCUACGGGCACUCGGAUUUUAGCUGCGUCAUAUGACAAGUCAGCUCUAUUCUGGAAGCUGGAUGACUGCGUUCCCAAGGUUACAUUGACAGGUCAUUCUCGUAAAGUGACAGCAGCCAGAUUUAUUUACAGACAGAAUCAGGUGGUGACGGGCAGCGCCGAUCGAACUGUGAAGAUCUGGGACCUCCAGCGAGCAGCGUGCAUCCAGACCAUUGAUGUGUUAUCCUUCUGUAGUGAUGUCGUGUGCUCAGAGUACCUUAUCAUCAGCAGCCAUUAUGACAGAAAGAUACGCUUCUGGGACAGCAGGGCAGCGACUUGCACACAGGAAGUGGCUCUUCAGGGCAGGGUGACAUCACUGGACCUCUGCCCAGAUCACAGGCAGUUGCUCAGCUGCUCCAGAGAUAACAGCCUACAGCUGCUUGACCUGAGAAACAGCAACGACAGGGUGCUUUUCAGGGCGGAGGGCUUCAAAUGUGGAAGCGACAGCACCAAGGCCAUCUUCAGUCCGGAUGGGAGUUAUCUAGCAGCCGGCUCUGCAGACGGUGCUGUGUACAUAUGGAGUGUGAACUCUGGAAUGCUGGAGAAACGGCUUCCUGACAUGCACAGUGCUUCAAUAAGUGCCGUGGCCUGGUCGCUGUCAGGCGAACAUGUCGUAAGCGUGGACACGAGCCGUCGAGCUGUUCUGUGGCGUGACGUCUGAGACCUGAUACGGGCGACACGACUCAUCCUGGAAAGCUCACUAUGGGAUGUCAUCAAAACAGCAUUGUUGGGUUGGAAACCUCACACUAUACACUCCAUUCACAACAGGACUCUUAAUGGUGUUACUGUCUUUGUGACUAAGUAGCUUUGUCAUACAGACAGAAGUGCAGAAGUGAAUGUCAAAUGGAGAUGUCUGGGUUUUGUUUUGGAACAGUUUUUCAAAUCAUUACGGGUGUAGGACAUGUGUACAUUUUCUGGAAGUUGGUCUGUAAAAUGAUACUUUCCCUGUUUUUUUGUACUGUACAGUAACUUUGAAAGCCUCAUAUUAGAAUGCAUAUUGCAUAUCGUAACACCGAGACAUUGAUUUAUUAUAUUGUAUAUAUUUAUACACUGCUGGUCAAACGUUUUUUAGCACUUAUUUAUAUAAUAAGUAUAUAAUUUUUUCCAAAUUGUAAAUAGGAACUUCAUUGAAAUUCAAUAGUAACACAAAGGGAACUAUGGCAAUAAUGUUGCGACAAUAACAUCUAAACAAAAAAUUAAAGCUUGUUAUAUUUUAGCAUGUUAAGUGUAGUCACCUUUUGUCAUUUUAUCAGGCAGCUUCUUGAGGUGUCAUCCUGAGAUGCUUUUUAAAUAAUAUUGUCUAUUCUGUGCUCUUAUUGGCUGCUCUUUUUUCAUUAUUCAGUAGUUAUUAACCAUUUUUAAAGACAUUUCAUUCAAAUUUAGGAGAGGGUUUUCAGGUAUAUUUUUGGCUUUGUUACUAAUUUCCGACACUUUUUAGAUGAUGAGAUACAUUUCACUCAAACAUUUUAAAACUUGACCAGUAGUGUAUAUAUACAGGACACACAUUAAGUAUACAUAAUCUAUUUUCACACAGCCUCAGGGUAACGCUCAGUUAUACCGGAUUGACUCUGGUAGUUUAUGAUAAAGGGACUUGCUUUUUAAAAAUGAAUGAGAGGAAAGUUGCCCUCCACCACACUCUUUAGUGCUGCCAUAGGGACCCAGUAUGCUCACUGCUGAAGCACACUCAGAUUAGCAUUUAAAAGAGCGCUCUGUCUGAUGAGAAUCAUACCGCACCGCUUUGACUGACUUUGAAGACUCAAAUUACUGCCAUCAGACAUAACAAAAGUCCAGCGUUAUUCACAGACCUCCUCGUGAUUUAAUUUGCUGCCUUCAUUUGCAUUUUAAGUGAAGGUUACAUGAGGAAAGCUUAAUGCGUGACGUAUUGUACAAGUCUGAUAUUAAUUCAUUUAAAACCUCGCUUGUGAUAGUUUAUAUGAUGAAGUGCUGAAGAAACCAUUGAUUCACAUCGUUACAAAGAAUUGAUCUUAUAAUACUACAGUCUCACAAAGAACAUGACCAGGAUAUAUUUCUAAAUUUAUCACAUUGUUUUAGGAUGUAGAUAAAGUGCAUUCUGAAUUCAUUGCAGUGAUGCAUCAAGUAUGGACACAAUGUAUUCAAAUCUGCAUAAAUAUAAGGGAAUAACUUUAUAGUAAUCUGUUAACAGUACAUCAUUUUUUGUGAAAUGCUGUACCGAUUUUUAUAUCGAUUUUAUUUUGUUAUUAUGUGAAUAUAAACAUGAAAAGCAAUAACACCAAGCCAAACUGCAGAGUUGAAGCCAAUGACUUUGACCAUGAAGUCUAUUAUAGAAUAUAAAUAAACAUGUCAACUGUCAAGACAUGACUGGCAUGGUGCACAAAUAGGGUACAAAAUUGGGCAUAAACAAUUUUUACUACCAAAUUUUGAGACGGUUAUUUAUAUCUGGUUUAAAUGACUCAAUACAUGUAGGAAUUAAUGUUGGGUUUUGGUUGUUGAUAAGCUUAUACAUACUGUUAACUGAAGAUUUUUUUAUGUUUCAUAUAGUAACCUGAGCGUAACAGGGUGGAGUGCAACAACGGUAAUAGAGUUGAAUGGUUGUGCUUGACGUAUGCAGUCAUUAUUACAGUUUGUGUGCUCAUAUGGAUUGAGAAUCUCGCUGAAUGAUUGCUUAUCUUGCUGAAGAGUGGGACCAGAUAGCAUCGUAUCUUAGGGAACAUUAUAUUUGUGUAAUUGGAGAAAAUGAUGCAUUAACAGCUAAAUAAAACACAGCUUCCGUUUCCCUUCAACAGAUUACGUAAUGAUGUAUGAUUGUAAUAGUUGGAUGCAUUUAAGUCGUUUUCAAAACCUUAAAUUAAAACCCAUUUUUUCGAUAUAUUUGAUGCUUUUAAAAGUGCCUUCUCUUCAUUCUAGGUUUAUUUUGUUACAUUUAACGCGUCCUCAAAACAACAUAAGAUUUGUGUCUUUAAUGCUUUAAAACAGUAAUGGACCACCUAAGUGAACCCUAUUUGUGGAAAGUGCCAAUAAUACGAUUUCAGCAUUGAUUUUAAAACAUUAUUAACAUAUCUGGUUUCUCAGACUUCAGUUAUUUUAGUGUCAUAACAACCUGCAAUAAUGAUGCUAUGGGUAUUGCUGUUGUGUAAUAUGUCUUGUCAUGUUUGUGUGCCUCUAUGACACGGUUUCAAAUGUAUUUUCCAAAGGUGAACUGGACAACACACACCAGUGCUCCAUGAUAAAACACUAAAAGGGAUACAAUUAAUAAAAGCUUGCCAUCAAUUCA